AUGUCGGAUCGACGCCCAACGAAUGAUCUACCUGUUAACCAGGGAGUCCCAGGACGGGACGACUUGAGGCAGCAAGCCUCUUCGACUGGAACUCCAAGAAGCAACACUUCAAGUUCUAUCGGCACUUCCAGCGGUACGUCCAGCGCAAGUUCAGGCCAAGAACCCCCCGAGAUUGUGCAUUAUCGUGCCUUGGUCAACAAGCUGUUGAGCUUCAUCGCUACUGGCGACGAGGAGGCGGUGGCCCGUGUUAUCUCCACCAUUCGGACCGGCGCCUCGCACGACCAAAUCCUCGAAGAAAUCGAUCUCCUCACCACAGGCCUCAGCCUUGCAAACGGUGACACUAACGGUACUCACCCUGGUCGUUCUUGA